AUUAAACGAUGCUAGUAUACAUCAGUAAACACGACAAUUUAUAAGACAAAACUAAACAAGCAGAAUUGUACAGUCCAAGAAUGUUGUUCAUUUUUUCCAAUGAAUACCAAAGACAACAUUAAAUCAAAGCUUGAAAAAGGGGCUAUCAUUUAUUAUGUUCAAUCUUAUGCGGAACAGCAUCUUUGUGAGAUAGUAGGAACGAUAAACGAAGAGCAACUUCAAAAUAUUAACAAAUGUCACAAACAUUGUUACAAACAUAGAUGUGAUAAAGACCGCAUUAUUCAUCCUGACAAUUUGAGAGUUGACUUAAACAUAAACAUGCCUGUGGACAUCCUUCUAAAAAACUACACAAUGGUAAACUAUAUUAAACGGAAGAUCAUAUCAAUUGAUAUUCCUAAUUUAGAGGAAACACAUUACAUAAGCCUGAUAUUAGGAAUUGUAAUACCAUGUUAUUUCAAAGCAAAUAAUAUAAUCUUAAGAGAUCUUUCGAAUUUGGAAAGGACGGAAGAUACAGUUAUAUCCAACGUAGGACAAACACAAAGUAUACAAACUGGCUUUAGAUUGUCCACUGUUAAAUUUCAUUGUAAUUAUAAGCUUACAUGUACCUUUAUCACGUUCAGUGGCAAGAUAUUCGGAACUAUUAAAGGAUUAUCAAUAGCGGCAAAACUAAUCAUUGAUUAUGAUAAAGCGUGCACUGUGAAUUUGGAGUACGUCAAAGUAAAAAUUGGCCAAAUCGCUUUACAAAUAACUGGUUUAGGUCUAUUCACUAAUUUAAUAACCAAUCAACUCACUCAUACAAUAAAUACUGAAUUGCGCAACAAAAUCGAAGAAAAUAUCAGGAAGAUCUUUAAACAGCAAAUUCAAAAUUUCAUUUAAAAUUACAGUAUUGAAGUCCUUCAAUCAUAAUCACCCA